GUAGGAUUGUACCGCUGGCAGCGCUGUGAGGGUUUUAUGUCGCUGGUUUUGGGCCGUAUGGUUUCGCUGUCACUCGUGAAAAGCGUCAACAGAUACCCGUCAUCCAUCCUUGUUUCUAAGCCCGUCUUUCUUGACCUUAGAACCAUCAAAUCCAGAGGGAUACGUUGUGCCGUCUUCGUCAACGCAGCCAGCCCGAGUAGAGAAACCAUGCCCGAAAGGAGGCCCUUCGUACGGUUGCCCACUGACGUUUACCCCGUCAACUACGGGCUGUGCCUGAAGCCCGACCUGAUCGACUUCACGUUCGAGGGCAAACUGGAGGCGGUGGUGGAGGUUACACAGGCCACAAAUCAGAUUGUGAUGAACUGUGCCGACAUUGACAUAAUCACAACGUCCUUUGUACCAGAAGGAGGAGAAGAAAUUAAUGCUACAGGAUUCAACUAUCAAAAUGAAGACGAGAAAGUCACUCUUUCCUUCCCUAGCGCUCUUCAGAAAGGAUCUGGCACAUUGAAGAUCGACUUUGUUGGGGAGCUGAACGACAAAAUGAAAGGAUUCUACAGAAGUAAAUAUGCAACUCCUUCCGGGGAAACCCGCUACGCUGCUGUCACACAAUUUGAGGCCACGGAUGCUCGGAGAGCCUUCCCCUGUUGGGAUGAGCCAGCUAUUAAAGCAACAUUUGACAUUACACUCAUCGUUCCCAAGGACCGAGUAGCCUUGUCAAAUAUGAAUGUCAUUGAUCGAAAGCCAUAUCCAGACAACGACAACCUGGUGGAAGUGAAGUUCGCCACAACACCCAUCAUGUCAACCUAUCUUGUAGCAUUUGUCAUUGGGGAGUACGACUUUGUGGAGAGCCAGUCAUCAGACGGUGUGACAGUACGUGUGUACACACCCAUAGGGAAAGCGGAGCAAGGAAAGUUCGCACUGGAGGUUGCAACAAAGACCUUACCUUUCUACAAAGACUACUUCAGUGUUCCUUAUCCGUUGCCUAAAAUUGAUCUGAUCGCUAUUGCUGAUUUUGCUGCUGGUGCCAUGGAAAACUGGGGCCUUGUUACCUACAGGGAGACGGCGCUGCUAAUUGAUACGAAGAACUCUUGUUCAUCAUCCAGGCAGUGGGUGGCGCUGGUGGUGGGACACGAACUGGCCCACCAGUGGUUCGGAAACCUAGUCACCAUGGAAUGGUGGACCCACCUGUGGCUUAAUGAGGGCUUUGCCUCAUGGAUCGAGUAUUUGUGUGUGGACCACUGCUUCCCAGAGUAUGACAUCUGGACCCAGUUUGUCUCUGCUGACUACACCCGUGCCCUGGACCUGGAUGCACUGGACAACAGUCAUCCCAUUGAGGUGAACGUUGGCCAUCCAUCAGAGGUAGAUGAGAUCUUUGACGCUAUCUCCUACAGCAAAGGAGCAUCUGUCAUCCGCAUGCUGCACAACUACAUAGGAGACGAGGAUUUUAGGAAAGGAAUGAACGCUUAUCUUUUGAAGUUCCAACAUAAAAAUGCAUCAACAGAGGACCUGUGGGACUGUCUGGAACAGGCCAGUGGGAAACCCAUCGCCGCUGUAAUGGGCUCAUGGACUAAGCAAAUGGGCUUCCCUAUUAUUGUUGUGGAUCAGGAACAGCAAGGUGAUGAACGCAUCCUCAAGAUUUCUCAGAAGAAAUUCUGUGCCAGUGGACCACAUAAUGGUGAAGACUGCCCCAGCUGGAUGGUGCCAAUCAGUAUCUGUACCAGCGAAGACCCUAGCUGCACCAAGCUCAAGGUUCUGCUGGACAGACCUGAGACUACAGUCACCCUCACCAAUGUUGGCCCAGACCAGUGGGUCAAGAUCAACCCAGGCACCGUAGGUUUCUAUCGUAUCCAGUACAGCUCAUCCAUGCUGGAGAGCCUUCUGCCAGGUAUCAGAGACCUUACUCUGCAGCCGGUGGACAGGCUGGGCCUGCAAAAUGACCUCUUCUCCCUGUCACGUGCAGGCAUGAUCAGCACAGUGGAGGUGCUGAAGCUGAUGGAGGCGUUCGUCAACGAACCCAACUACACUGUGUGGAGCGACCUCAGCUGCAACCUGGGCGUGCUCUCCUCGCUCCUGUCGCACACCGACUUCCACGAGGAGAUCCAAGAGUUCAUUCGGGACCUUUUCACUCCUAUUGGUCUCAAGCUGGGCUGGGACAGCAAGCCAGGCGAAGGUCACCUGGAUGCCCUGCUGAGAAGUCUGGUAUUAGGUAAGCUGGGGAAGGCUGGACACAAGCCCACGCUGGAUGAGGCCCGGCAGAGAUUCAAAGACCAUGUGGAAGGCAAACAGACCUUGUCUGCAGACCUUAGAAGCCCGGUGUAUUUAACAGUGCUGAAGCAUGGAGACAGCUCCACGUUGGACACGAUGCUGAAGCUCCACAAACAGGCAGACAUGCAGGAGGAGAAGAAUCGUAUAGAGAGAGUGCUGGGAGCCAUCUCUGCCCCCGACCUCAUCCAGAAAGUCCUCAGCUUUGCCCUGUCGGAAGAAGUACGUCCCCAGGACACAGUUUCGGUAAUCGGAGGUGUGGCGGGAAGCAGUAAACAAGGCCGUAGAGCCGCCUGGAAAUUUGUAAAAGACAACUGGGAGGAACUUCAUAAUCGCUACCAGGGGGGCUUCCUCAUAUCACGACUCAUCAAGCUCUCUGUUGAUGGAUUUGCUGUUGAUAAAAUGGCUGCUGAAGUAAAGAGUUUCUUUGAAAGCCACCAUGCCCCAGCAGCGGAGCGCACAGUGCAGCAGUGCUGUGAGAAUAUCCUCCUCAAUGCUGCCUGGCUCAGGCGAGAUGCAGACGACAUCCAUCAGUAUCUACUGCAGCGCAAAGCUCCGCCAGUUUGAGAGGCCGCCAACCCCCCCCCCCCCCCCCAGUCCACUUACUCUAGCCCUGCCCCCUCCCCCCUUUCUACAUCCUCCUUCCCUCCUCCAGCGCGGACCUCCCAACAUCAUAGCUGCCUCGGAAAACCCCCCUCCUCACUGCUGACCUGUGCGGGAGACCAGAGCGCACUCAAAGCAGGCUCCAUUUCUCGAAAGACACUUUAAAAAGAAACAUAGAAAAUUACAUGACAGAUGAAAGCCAAUAAAUUAACCAGGUGUUGGAAACCUAGAGACUUUUCUGCAUUAACAAGGCAAAUCCAUUUCAGUCAAAUGAGGAAUGUAGUUAUCCCCAUUCUGUCCACUAGGAGGCCAGAGGCGUACGUGAGACCACAUUGGCCUUGUGGCCUUACACCCCGAUGAUCAGAUGUCCUCUGUGACGCUGCUUACCUUGCGCACGAACACUGCGGGUAUGCACGAUCGCUUACCUUGUGAACGCACUCUGUGUUAUACUCCCAUGCAGGCAUACAACCAACUGCAUCCAACCUCCACAAACCACCCGCCCGCCCCCCCCACCCCCCCCCACCCUACCCCACCCCACCCGACAUCUUUGUUGCAAAAACUGUGAAUUUUUUCUCCCUCUUCUCAUCUUCAUCUUGUUCCCACUCAUUUAGAACAUGUGAAGUAUGAUAUCCUGUGUUGCUGGUUUUGUUUACUUCUGAUUGUUUUCUGCACUAACAAUUUUUUUCCUUUUAGUUUUCUUUUCUUUCUGUGUUCACAGCCUGUUUUUUUCCCUUGUUUUUUUUUUUUUCCGCCUCUUUUUUUUUUUCAAAGUUUUGCAAAAGUGUAAAGUCGCUGAAGGCAGCCAGGCAGAAUGGGGUUAAUAAAACUAAUGGCACGCGCCAGCUUUCUUGGCUGUCCUAGUGUCUAAACUCACAGCAAUGGCACUGAUCCUCUUGUCGCUAAUAAAUGGUUAGAACGAGGCUAGCAGCGUUAGCAUGGUACUAUGGUACUCCGUUUUAUAACUGUAUGAUGCAGGCGUUCCAUUGGGACAAUGUUCCAUAGAGUCUAAAUUGCAACGUUCAUGGUUACCUGUCUCCACCAACCUCCUCCCCCUUUGGUACUCCAUAAGCCCCGGGCAUCAAGACUCCAUUUGAGUUCCCUCCUGUGUCAGUCCCCCUUCCCCCCCCAACCAAGCUCUCUUUAUUGUCACAGAGGGAGGAUGUUUAGUAUAACGGCAAAUGCCAACGUGCAUAUUUAAACUAUUUCUUUACCUGCCACCACUCCUAAUGAAAACAACAAAAAAAAAUGUCGCCGUAACAGCGUGUUUUUUUUUAAGAAGUCAAAUGCAGUGAUUUAUUUAAAUGUUGAGACAAACAUGUAUUCUGUAUAAAAAAAAUGACUAUAACACUACUUUUGGGGCCUUUUCAUUUUGAAAUAACAUCCAGAGACGCCUGUGUUGUUGGGUUCUGGUCAGGAGAGUGGCACGCAGGCCCAGUCUGAACUUUCUGAAGAGGCAGGAUUACAUUACUCUGCUACUGAACUUGAAAGCCUUAAAUUGGUCAACUAGUUUGCAAUAAUUCCUACACAGAAGUGGUGAUGAUGAGUUCCCACAGCAAAGUAAAUUGUAUGACACAUUUAUGCAGACUUGUUGAACGAAUAUAUAUCUAUAUAGAAUUUACAAUUUAAUGUGGCUUUGAGAUCAUACAGACAGAGAUCAUCCAACUUGUUGUCAAGACUCUUUACCCUGGAACAUUGUUGUGCUUUUUUUGUUUUCUUUUUUUUUUCUUUUUUGUUUAAAAACAGUUGGUGUUCAUUAAAGUGAAGAAAAAAAGACUAUAAAAAAACUGUGAAAUUAGUACAGUUGAUUUUUAUGAGUGAGAUGUGAGUGUGCAUGCCAGGAACCAAAUUUGAUCUGUAAUUUAACAUUUCCGUUUACUACGUUUUAUAUGAUCACACACAACUCGAGAGAUGAUCAGAAUGGAUUUACAAAUGGCAUUAGCAAAAUCUGCAGUAGGAAUGAACGCUGUAUAUAAAAACUGAAGCAAAACUUAAUGAGAAUAAAGAAAA